AUGAUAUGUAGAGUCAGGAGCACUCAGAGUGACGCGAGAGAGAUCCAGAAAAGGUACCUUAGCUUAGAAGUAUCUAUCUAUCUAUCUAUCUAUCUAUCUAUCUAUCUAUCUAGUAUAAGGGAGAUUUGUUUUACUUUCCCCAAAUCCCUAAGCAUUUUACUUCUGAUUUUCUCUUUCUUCAUUCUUGCUCAAUUUCCCCCUCUCCCUCUCUUUCUCUUUCUGUCUGUCUCUCUCUCUCUCUGUCCCCCCUCUCUCUCUCUCAAGUUUAUUUCUCUUUUUGUCUUCUCUUUUCCAAACUUCCAUCACAUAGGCUAUUUUUCCUCCCUACUCUUUUCUCUCACAUUUGAUCUAUUAACCUCCACCGCCUUCCUAUUGUUUCUCUCCCUACCCCUCUCUCACCACCCUUCCAAACGCCGUCGCAAAUCACUCUCAUUCUCUUUCCUUCCUUCCGCCCCCUUCAGUGCAAAUCACCUCGUUAAUUUUACACCUACAUCAAUAUCUAUCUAUCUAUCUAUCUAUCUAUCUAUCUAUCUAUCUAUAUACCUACCUAACUAUCUAAUCCCAUAUCACAGUCUGUUUCUAUCUAUCUAUCUAUCUAUCUAUCUAUCUAUCUAUCUAUCUAUAUACCUACCUAACUAUCUAAUCCCAUAUCAGUCUGUUUGUUUCUAUCUAUCUAUCUAUCUAUCUAUCUAUCUAUCUAUCUAUCUAUAUACCUAUCUAAUCUGUUUCUAUCUAUCUAUCUAUCUAUCUAUCUAUCUAUCUAUCUAUCUAUCUAUCUAUCUAUCUAUAUACCUACCUAACUAUCUAAUCACAUAUCACAGUCUGUUUCUAUCUAUCUAUCUAUCUAUCUAUCUAUCUAUCUAUCUAUCUACAGACAGACAUAUAUAA